AUGACGUUGGAGACGCUGGAUGUGGUGCAGUACCGAGCGCUUAUCGAAGACUUGGUCAGCCGCAUGCAAAAGCGUGGCAUUGACUGUAUGGAGUGGAAGCACGGCGAGAGCUACCCAACCGUCUUGAGAGCAGUAAGCGCAGGCAUAACAGGUAACAUGCCGGGCAACGGAAUCUCUCUGAGUUACGCUUGCAUGCUGAACGGCAAGGGACUGCUGCGGUGGGUGGUGGUAGAUGAGUGUUGUCUUAUCGUCACAUCAAGCCUCUGGCGGCCGAAGCUGGCAGGCAACGUCGAAGAAUCCGCUGCUGCUGCCGUGCCUAAUAGUAUUGCUUACGGCAACGCUUCCGCCCGCGCGGGAGGGCGAAAUGGCAUCAAGAAAGUUGGUUCGGUAUGCAACGUACAUCCGAGCGAGCGCGGUGCGGCUGAACACUCGAUACUUUGUGUCGUGUCGUGGUACAAGCGGGGCAAGACGCAGGAAACGGCGCUACUUUGA